AUGAACGAACCCAUUUUUCAUUUCUAUGGUAAUAAGGCAGGUGUAGAAGGAGCAGAUUAAAUUAAAUAAGUUAUAGAUGAUGCUACUAGAGGAUCUGAAUAUUAUAAAAGAUAAUAGGAGAAAAGAUUAUAAGUUCUUUAAAAAGUGAAUAAGAUGUAGAUAGAAUUGGAGAAUUAUAAUAAAAAUGAACAAAGAAAGAAAGAUAUUAAAGAGAUUAUUUAGAAUAAAGUGAAAGAAUUUUAAAUUAACACGGAUAGAAUUUGGGCGCAUUUUGAUAUGGAUAUGUUUUAUGUAGCUUGUGAAUUAUUAGACAAACCAGAAUUAAUAGAUAAACCAGUUGCUGUUGGCUAAAGUAUUGUAUCUACUGCAAAUUAUGUGGCAAGAAAAUAUGGUGUUAGAUCUGCCAUGCCAACCUUUGUUGCUAAAAAACUCUGUCCAGAUAUUAUAUUUAUCCCUUGUCAUUUUGAAAAAUACAAAAGUGUUUCAAAUGUAUUUGAAUGAAAUUACUAUAGAUAUUUAUGACUAUACUCAAAAAGUAUGAUGAUAAUUUAGAAUCUAUGGGAUUAGAUGAGGCUAAUUUAGAUCUUACAUAAUAUAUAAAUAAUUCCUAAGAAGAUCCAGCAAUAUUAUGUGAAAAUAUCAGAAAAGAUAUAUUCUUAGCAACCUAACUCACUGCAAGUUGUGGGGUAGGUCCUAAUAAAAUGAUUGCUAAACUUGCCUCUGAAAUUAAUAAACCUAAUGGAUUACAUGUUGUUUAAUAAUCUCCCAUAGCAGUUCUUAGUUUCUUAGAAAAAUUACCUGUGAGAAAGAUACCUGGAAUUGGGAAUAUUACUGAAUAAAUUUUAAGUGGUUUAAACUUUAAUACAUGUAAGGAUGUUAGAGACAGAGCUGAUGAACUCUAUAUAAUCUUUACUCCAAAAACAUUUGAAUAUAUAUUUUACUCUUGUUGGGGAGUUUCAAGAAACUAUCAUGUAGAAUUUGAAGAUUAACAUAGUAUAAGUUGUCAAAGAACAUUCUCUAGCAUAAGUACAUAAAAAGAAUUUGAAGAUAAAGUUGAUUAUAUUGCAGAAAAACUUGCAGAAGAAAUGUAAUCAGAGGAAAAAGUAGGAAAUCAUCUAACUUUGAUAAUUAAAACAUCUAAAUUUGAAAUAAGGAAUAAAUCAUUGUAAUUAAAUUAAUAUACAAAUCAAUCUAAAUAAAUAGCAUUAUAUGGCAAAUAAUUACUCAAGAUUAUGUAAUUAGAUGAACCAAUAAGAUUACUUGGAUUAAAAAUGAGUUCUUUAGCAAAUGAAAAAUAAAUUUAAAAAUAAUCAAUUUCUACUUAUUUCAAAAAGCAAUUUGACAAAUCUAAUGAUUAAGAAAAUUAGAUUACAUCCAAUAUGAGUUCAAAAUCUCAUAAUAUAUGUUAAGAUAGUAAUCCUAUCUUAAAAGUUCAACUCUAGUAACCAGAACAAUCUAAGCCUGAAAUAAUAAGCGAUGAUGAAGUUAGUAGCAUUAGCAAUUAGAUAAUAUCAGGAGUAAAUAGUAAGAGUAAUUAAUCACAAGCCCAAUAAUAAAAAUUCUAAUAAAAAUAAUAAGCAUAGCCUAAGUCUUUUAAUUGUCCUAUUUGUAAUAAGGAUAUUGAUUGUAAAGGAAAUAAUACAGUAUUGAAUAAGCAUAUAGACAGAUGCAUAAAUUAAUAAAAUGUAAUAGCUGAAUUAUCUGAUGAGUCAAAUAAGAAUGUAAAAGAUUCAAAAAAAAAGGUUUCAUCUAAAAUUGAAAAUAAGGUCUAAAAGAGUCUUAAUUUUUUUAAGAAAGGAUCAUGA